AAACCAUCUGUCACAAAGAAUUCAAAAAGCUUUUUAAUUUGGUCUCAAACAUGAGGCAUGGUGAGGGCAUAGCGUACCACCUUGUUCUUGCCCUUCUCUCCUUUGUCAUCUUGUUGUUCAUCAUCUUAGCCGUUUUCAUCUUAUGGAAGAACAAGAAGAGCAAAAGAUCGAACGAGACGGUCCACGAUCAAAAAUCCGAUCAAGAAACCCCUCCCAUAAAGCUUUACGGAUCACCGUACUUGUUGGUGGACAUCGAUGUGGCCACAGAUGGAUUUAACGAGCGGAGAAUCAUCGGAAAAGGCCGUUUAGGGACUGUUUACGCCGCCGUGUUAGCCGGAGGUGAAUUAGUGGCGGUAAAACGAAUCCACCCUCGUUUUGUUUUAAGAAAUGCCGGUUUAGGGUUAGGGUUAAACCCGAUUCUGAAACGGUUAUCUUUAGCUAAUCACCCUAAUGUUUUGCCAAUAUUAGGGUUCUCUCAAGGUCCUGGAGAGAGAAUUGUGGUAAUGGAGUUCAUGGGUAUGAUGAGUUUGGACUUCUACCUCCACCAAAACCCCGACGGGGCGGCGUUACUUGACUGGGGGCGGCGGCUGAGGGUGGCUACCGGUGUUGCUCGAGGGUUGGAGUACUUACAUGAAGUGAUGUCGCCACCUAUACUUCACGGCAGUGUCAAACCUUCAAAUAUCUUGAUAGAUGUCAAGUUUAGUGCCAAGAUUUGUGAUUAUGGUCUAUCUUUUUUAGCCCCCAAUGAGAAAGAAGGGCUGGUGGGGUAUGUAGAUGAAGAGUAUUGGGUCGAACCAAAUGGGGUUUCAAAAGAAAGUGAUGUUUAUGGUUUAGGGGUUGUUUUGUUAGAGUUGUUAAGUGGUAGGAGAAGUGAUGGUGGGUUGAUUGUGAAGUGGGGUUUGCCAUUGAUUAAAGAAAUGAGAAUGGGUGAGGUUUUGGAUCCAAGAUUAGUGGCACCAAAUGACAUUAAGCCUUUGGUUAGAUUGGCUAAGGUGGCUAGUGCUUGUGUGGGUAAUUCUAGGAGAAAUAGGCCUUCAAUUGGUCAAGUAGUGACAAUUUUGAACAAUAUACAAGAUGAAGCCAUGAUUUGGAGUAAUGGGUCAUUUUAAAGAUUUCGUCUUUUAGUCGGGUUUUUGUUAUAAAAGACUGAUGUUAUGAUACCAGAUCUGUGAUGAAGUAAACGUGACGAUAAGAAUGAAGAUAUGUGUUGGUUUGUUAAUCUGUAUUCAUGUUUGAU